UUAAGUUAAUUUCGAAAGACUCGCAAGAACUAUAAAAAGUCCUACGAUUCUUACUGAAAAUCAUACUUUAGUAAGACACUUACUACAGCAACCAUUAAAAUGGCAUUCAAAGCUAUCCUUCUCUGCGCUUCUCUUCUGCUGGUCCAGACCAUCUCUGGCCAGAAAUGCGGCUGCUCAUAUGGCAGCUCUAAAAGCUCCAGCAGCUCCAGCAGCGGUAACUCCAUCUCCAUCUCCAGCAGCGGCGGCGACCUCCUCAUCACCAGCGUCGGCCCCAUCUCCCCCUCCGGCAUCGCCGUCUCCUCCGACCUCGGCCUGAGCGGAACCUUGGACGUUAACGGGGAACUGCCGUUCCUGAGCGCCGUGGAGUUCUCGGGCAAGUACGACACCAGCGGCUCGGCGUGCGUGGACUACAGCUGCGGCAGCUGCGGGAACGUGGCCAUCACCAGCGUGCAGGGCGGCUCCGGCUCCGGCUGCGGCUGCGGCUGCGGACGUUAAGGACCUUCAAUAACUUCUGGAAACAUUUAGUU